GACGAGCGCCCGGAUAUAUAUCCGUUAGUCGUCUUUCCCGCGUUGCCUAUAUUAUUGCCUAUAUUACUACUUUCUCCGUCUUGUCUGUGUCUACUCAACGCUCAGAAUAUUAGAGUAGGAUGUCCGGCAUUGGCCGCGGCGGCCGUGGUGCUGCAUUACUUCAGGCACUAGAGACACCAGUACGGAAGCCGGGACAACAAACAAACCAACAGCCACUACAACCACAGUAUCCACCCACGCUACAGACAGAACAGGCGUUCGGAGAUGCCUUGAGACAGCCGGAUGGCGGCGCACAGUCGAAUGGACGCGACGCUCCAGCUGCUGCGGCCGCUCAGAGAGCGAACGGACAGAGGACGAACUCCGGAGACAUACCGAUGGGAAGAGGAGGUCAAAUCUAUCAGAUACUGGCGGGGAGAGGCAUGCCGCGAGCGCCAGGCAGCGACGCGAUGUCACAAGUUUCUUCGGUCGUUGACACCAUGCCGAAGCUAAAGAUUCAAGACAAAGUCUCAACAUCUUCCGGCAUUGGGUCUCAGUCCUCUUCAGGUUCAGGACUACCUUCCAGUCAAAGUGUCUCCGACCCUUCUUCGUCUCGUGGAUCAUCAGAUCGUUUGUCAUCUCAAGACUCAUCACCGAGAGUGUCACCACCUGGAAGUGUAGUUGGUGUUUCAAGUGAACCGAAACUGGGACAUCAGGGGAACAGCUUGAAUCUCGCUGUCAACUACAUUCCUCUGCGUCGAAAGAAGGGUGGAGUCUACCAGUAUGUUGUCAGCUUUUCUCCCGAGGUUGAAAGCAAAGGCAUGCGAGUAGCCAUGAUUAACGAACACAAAGACAUAAUUGGAAACACAAAGGCAUUUGAUGGCUCACAGCUCUACUUACCGUUUCGUUUGCCACAAAUCACAACUGAAGUCAAUUCGAAACGUGCCACAGACGGCGCCCUUAUCGCCAUUUCUAUCACUUUAGUUAAGGUAGCCGAGCCAGACCAGUGCAAUCAACUAUACAACAUCAUAUUUCGAAGAGUGAUGAGACACUUGAGAAUGCAACAAGUAGGGAGGAACUACUUUGAUGCUACAAAGCCUGUUCGUAUACCACAACACAAGUUGGAGUUGUGGCCUGGUUAUGUAACAUCUGUGCGUUACUACGAUGGAGGGUUGUUGCUGGUAACAGACGUUUCGCAUCGAACUCUAAGAACGGACACCGUGUUGGACGUGAUGUACGAGAUGUACCAGAAGUAUCCAAGAAACUUCCAGGACCAAGUGUCACGGAAGCUGAUCGGCUGUGUUGUUCUUACACGAUACAACAACCGGACAUAUAGGGUCGACGAUAUUGCAUGGGAAAUGAACCCGCAAAGCACUUUCAAGUGCCACGAUGGUUCUGAGAUCAGAUUUAUGGAUUACUAUCAGAAACAAUAUAAUUUGUCUAUCAGUGACAUGGAGCAGCCACUGCUUAUAAACAAACCGAAGAGGAAACAGAUGUCAAGAGGAGUCAAAAGCAAACAGCCAGCAGCAGCUAGCUCUGAGACAGAGAAGAUUUGUCUGAUCCCAGAAUUAAGCUGCAUGACUGGACUUACCGACGACACUCGCUCAGAUUUUAGAGCUAUGAAGGAUAUUGCCUCUCACACUCGUUUGACUCCUGUUGACAGAGUGAGAUCUUUGCGGAAGUUUGUGGAGAGAAUUCUGUCAUCUGAAGAGGCAAUGGCUGAACUGCAAAGCUGGGGACUGACACUAGAUACUGACAUAUUGAAUGUGACGGGUCGUCAACUACAGAGCGAAAAGAUUAUGUUGAAAACGAAAUCGAUGAUUGCUAGUCCUGAUGCUUCCUGGAGCAAAGAAAUCAUGAAUGAGCACAUGAUCACGGCAGUUCCUUUGCAGUCAUGGAUCAUUGUCUUUACCAAAAAAGAUCAAAGAAAUGCUAUGGAGUUCAUAAAAAUGCUUCAGAAAGUUGGUCCACCUAUGGGCAUGGCUGUAAAGGAUCCAAUGGUGCUAGAGCUGAAAGACGACCGAACAGAGACAUUCAUACGAUCUAUUAGAGAUAAUCUAUCCGAGCAGGUUCAACUUGUAGUUGUUGUACAGCCAACAUCUAGAGAUGACAGAUAUGCUGCCAUCAAGAAGCUCUGUUGUGUACAGAGUCCUGUUCCAUCACAGGUUAUCAAUGGACGGACGAUUGCACAGGUUCAGAAGCUGCGGUCGAUAACUCAAAAAAUUGCUCUACAAAUCAAUUGCAAAUUAGGUGGAGAACUAUGGGCUCUUGAAAUACCUCUGAAAAACAUGAUGGUAAUUGGUAUAGAUGUGUACCAUAACAAAACAACGAAAGGUCAAUCUGUUGGCGGAUUCAUUGCCAGUAUCAAUCCGUCACAUACUAGGUGGUAUUCAAGAGUGUGCUUUCAGAUGCCAGGCCAAGAGUUAAUGGAUGGUCUACGGGUUUGCUUCUUGGCGUCACUACGGAAAUACUAUGAGGUGAAUGGUUGUCUUCCUGAUCGUGUUGUGGUGUUCCGAGAUGGAGUCGGUGACGGCCAAAUGAAGGUAGUGGAGGAGUACGAAGCAGCACAGUUACAGAAAUGCUUUGCAACACUCUCUCCGGAUUACAAGCCGAAACUCUCGGUCAUCAUCGUCCAGAAACGAAUCAACACAAGACUGCUUGCAUUACAGAAUGGUGGCAGUAAGUUUGAGAAUCCUGCUCCCGGUGCCAUUUUGGACCACACAGUCACUACUGUUGGAUGGUAUGACUUCUUUCUUGUUAGUCAGCAUGUUGGUCAAGGGACCGUUUCACCUACUCAUUAUGUCGUCGUCUACGAUGACUCGAAUCUCAAGCCAGACUACAUGCAAAGAUUAACAUAUAAAAUGACACAUUUAUAUUACAAUUGGCCAGGCACGAUUAGAGUUCCUGCCCCUUGCCAGUAUGCACACAAGUUGGCAUUUCUUGUUGGCCAAUCGAUACAUCGUGAUCCUUCUCUCGACUUGGCAGAUAAACUAUUUUUCCUGUAGUUGUGUUGACAGUUCAGUAGCGGGGCUGGUUUAUUAUACUGAACUUACUUGGGAAAUUUUAGCAUGAGUACUGUACUUCUUUCCGGGACAUACGCAGUUUGGCUUGCCUUUUUUAGCCAUUGUUGUGUUCAGAGUUAUAAGCGAAGCAGCACAGUAUGAAGGAUUAGGCUUUACUGUAACCUUCAAUAGUGUGCGUUAAUUAAAAGAGUUUUACUGUUAAAA